AUGUUCAAGACAACAAAAAGUUUGAUUAAACUCGUCGAGAAAUCUUCCAGUGAACAGGGCUCUGGAGAACGAGCGAAACAUCUUAUAAGUCAAGGAGCAGAUAUCAAAGCUCUAACAAGUAAUGGUCCUAUGAUUCAUUGCGUCAUUGCUGAAGAAAAACGUCAGCGACUAACAAUGCCCUUGGAAGCCGACAACUGUUUACGUUUAAUUCAAGUUCUAGAAAAAGCUGCUUCCGAUCUACUGAGUGCGCAAGUGUUCUCAGAAAAUGGGGCUGAUCUUCAAGAAAUGCGUUCACUAGUAAACUUGAAAGGAAACUGCUAUCAACUAGAGACUUACGGUCCAUUGGGUUUAUUGGGAUCACUAGUCAAUCAAGACAAGAUUCCCAUUCAAGUGAAUGUUGUGCAAUUUCUGAUGGAAAGUGACUUAAAUGUGAAAAUGGCUUUAAUUGCUUUCAACGAGGAAGGAAAAAACUGUUUGUCUCUCGCGAAAACCAAUCAAAAGUGUCCAAAGGAUGUGAUUGAUUAUAUGCAACAACAGCUUGAUGAGAUUAUCAAUCAGAUUCCAUUUACACAACCGCAAAUCAAUCCAAAUCAAGUCAUUGCGUGGAUUCGUUCAGGUGCAAACAUUGAAGCGACUGACAAUAAUGGUAAUACUAUUCUUUCCAAUGCUGCUAGUACUAAUAAUUUAGAACUUGUUCGUGCACUUGUCUCAGCCGGCAGUAAUACGACACAUAAGAACAAGGAUGGUCUUACUCCUUUACAAAUUGCUAAGAAAACUGUGCCGAGAAAUCCUCCAUUGGUCGCAUAUUUAGAAGGACAGAGCGUGAACGUCGAAUUAGGAAAACUAAUUGAAACAAGAAAGUCUGCAUUAACCAUGGAGGAAGUACAACGUCUGCUCGAAAAUGGAGCGAAUAUUAAUGCGUCCAUGACCAAUAGUAAUUCGGCACUUCAUCUAUUGAUAGCUAAUCAAGGAACAACAGAUAUGGUUAAAACUUUUAUUAAUGAUUUCAAUGCUGAUUUAGCUGCAAUAAAUAGUGAUGGAUAUCGACCGAUCGAAACAUGUAUUCUAAUUGAUAAGAAGCCAUAUCCUUAUCUGCAAACAAUAUUAACGCUACCAAAAAUGACCAUAGACAAAUUUCGAAAUCCGACAUUGAAUAAAACUCUUCUACAAUUUGCUAUCGAACGGAAGCGUUCGGACGCAGCACACCUAAUACAAAAUGAACUUAAUCUUCGUUUGUGGAAUUGCAUAGCACGUGCCAACACCAAUGACGACAAUAAUAAGACUAUUGCAGAUACAGCCACUCAACUGAUCAGCUACGGUGCUCAGAUUAAUCACCUACACACUGACGAAGAAUAUGAUCAAUGGACAGUCCUACAUCUAGCAACUAAAGUUACUACAGUAAGAAUGCUCCGAUACUUGAUCAAACAAUUGCAAGCGGAUAGUAUGCUGCAAAAUAAUCAUGGUGACUAUUCAAUUUCUAUUGCGGCUCAAUUUGGGCAUUUGACAACAGUUGAAUAUUUACAUAGUGUACUAGAGUCAGAUUUGAACGUGCGAAAUAAAGACAUGGAGACACCACUACAUUUAGCAACAAAACAUAAUCAUUUACUCGUUGUUCGAUAUCUUGUCAAAUGGGGCGCUGAUGAUCAAGCUCAAAAUUCAUUGAAACAAACGCCACUGGACGUAGCACGUCAAAACGUAACCAACGACAAAGAAGAAGGAAUUAAUAAUAAAAAAAUUAUCGAGUUUCUUGCUCAACUAGUUUGUCCUCGAGUAGAUUGUACUGCUGAAGGACCAAUAACUCAAAAGAAGCCUACAUAUAAUCUUGACGCAUGUGAUCUACCGAUACCAGUGCCCUUGCAACCCAUUAGUAUGAAUACGUAUGAUGAUGAUGCGGCAGUAGGUAAUAAAAGUAAAAAGCUUUUCUCCACGAGUCCCAAUUUCAAUUUGCACGAAGCGGCGAAAAAUGGUAAUAUAAUGUUAGCUAGAAAGGCUAUCGGUGAAGGAGCAGACAUUCGCUAUCGUAGCGGAGGCCGUACUCCGCUAGAAGUAGCGCUCAUGUCUCAGAAUGGAUAUGGAGAAAAAUCGAGAGCUUUAAUAUACACUGCGAUAGAUAUUCCACGUGGUCAAGUGAUGCCAACUGGCUGUCAACAAAUUGCUCAGAUGAUCCAACAGAUCGCCUACACAAAGAUAGUCGAAGCUAUUCAACAAUCUAAUGCAAGUCUCGUCGUAGCCUAUCAUCGAGCAGGAGCACCCAUUACGACUGAUUUACUCUACAAAGCUUGCAGUGCAUCAGACAAUAUUGAAAUAGUAGAUUAUCUUAUUGGUCAAAGUUUCGAAAUCUAUCAGACCAUUCUCAAUGAUGUUUCAUCCAAUGCUCCGUAUCGCCUUGCAAAAGCGAACAAAUUCAAUCAAAUUGCUGCGUAUCUUAAGUAUCGAUUAUCAGUUGAAUGCACAGAAGCCAUAAUAGAAAAUAAUCUCGAGCUAGUCAAAAAAUUAGUCAGUGCUGGAGCAAGUGUCGAAUUAGAAAACACGAGUAAUUUAAAUGAAGCUAUCCAACAUCAAAAUCUUGAAUUAAUUCAAUUUCUUUGUGAAAAUGGUGCUAAUAUGCCAAAAGAAUGGCUUUCUACAAAAAAAAUUCUACUUGAUUCAGCUAUGUCUCAGCAGUUCACACCUGAGGUUACACAGGUGAUUAAUCGGUGUUUAAUUGAAAAACGAUUACGUUUUGCAGCUGCUAAUGGUGAUCACGAUGGAGUACUUCGCUGUCUACGUCUUGGUGUUAAUAUCAAUUCAGCAAAUUGUCACGGUUCAACUGCAUUAUUGUGUACAAUACAACAUGGAAAUUACUUUGCCAUUGUUCAUGCGUUGGUUUCACGUGGUGCAUCGAUGUUACACUCUAAUGAAAAUGCACCAAUGUCACUGAUCGACCUGGCAACUCAACAAAAUUACAAACAUAUUGCUAAUUACCUGUCGAAACAAUUGAAUACACAAUUUUUGUCUACUAUUCUCAAUAACGAUCGACCGAGUGCUGAAAAUUUCGCACAGUUAGGUGCUGAUUUCAAUUACAGAGAUGAACAACAACGUACACCAUUACAUUAUGCUGUGCAAUACCAUGGUAUCGAUCUAGUAGCUUGGUUGUGCGAAUGUGGCAGUGCACCGACUAUCUGUGAUGUUAAUGGUGAUUUUCCAAUAAUACAAGCUACUGAAAAAGGUGACUAUGCUGUUGUUGAACUGUUCGUCUUGAAAUAUCCAGCUACGAGGAAGCAAGUGAACAAAGCUGGUAUGACAGCGUUGCAAACUGCACAAAAACUGAAGUUUAACCGUAUUGCUCAAUUGAUCGAAACAGGCAAAGGAGUGCCCGAAUCUGAAAAUGAUCAAAAAACUGACGGACCACUUCACGAUGAAACAACACUAAUACAAGCAGCACGUAACGGUCACAUUAAGAUCAUUCGUGAAUUUAUUACUCAACGUUACGAGUCUAAAGAAGAAAAGAAACAGUUAUGCUCCAAAUUGAUUCAAGUAGCAAAAAAAGCUUCCCAAUAUGAAGUUCUCGAUGCUCUUGAACCCUACUACAAAACCGAAUUACGAACUGAACUGGCAUCGGAUAUGCACGCCGGUGGUAACAUCGUACUGAGCGAACGUUAUAAGCAAAUUCUAUUUGGAUUUCUUGGAUCGCUGAAUAAUUUGAUUUCUGGAAACUCUGUCCUGCUCGAUCCUGCAGAUCCUAAUACUUAUAAAGAAUUUUUCGUUGGUUUGACUGACAACGUGGCGAAACGUAGAAAAGAACUCGAACAGAUCAAAACUGAGCAAGAUGUGAAUAAACUCAUUCAGCAAGAUGAACUUCAUACGAAAGAACAACUGAGCAAAAUUCAAGAGCAAUUAGAAGAAUUAUUUGAGGGCAAAGAUAACUUACAAGCUCGACUACUUGAUACCGAUGACAGAUUAUUCAAAGAGCAAAAACUUACAGCAUCACAACGUAAAGAAUUUCUUAAAGAAAAAGAGCUUCACGAACAACAAUUGGCUACUUAUGAAUGUUCAAUAUUUUUAUUCCAACGGCAACAAGAAGCGACUUUAAAUCGACAAAAAGCCGUCGAUUUUCUUAAAAGCAACAUAAAUUUGAUGAUGUUCUACCGAACGAUAGAAAAUUGUUUAGAAGCUUUAUUUCACAGCUGUCUGGCGGCACAAGGGGGUUACGUUAGAGUCGAACAGACGACAAAAUUUGGUACGGCAGCAAAAAUAGUGAAUACACUUCAAAGGAACAUUCCGAUAAUAAAUCUACAGACAACCAUUACCAAAGGACUGCUUAGUCCUGUACUAUCGAAGCUCGAUGAACGGCAACAGAAAAAAGAAUUUCAUAAUAUAUCAACAUUGGGAAAUAUUGAAGAGUUGAGACGUAUUGCAUCGGAAACAGCCGGUCUAGUCACACUUUACUACAAUGAACAAAUACAAUCGAUUGAUACAUCACAAAAAAUUCAAGGUAGCAAUAUGUUCAACGAACAAUUACAUUGGCUUAAACAAAUUUACGAUGUCCGUCCGGAAACUUCUGAAGAGAUGACUGUUGUUAUGGUUGCCGAGUAUGUUACCGCUUGGAUAAUUGAUGGUCUAAAAGUAGGCACAAGCAUUAUUCCUACUGAGCCUAUACCACCACAACUAUGGUUGCAUGUUGCAAAGAAAGAUCCUACUGAUCUGGGAAAAAUAAAUAAAAUAACAGAUACUGUCGGACUUUCGGCAGGACGACAGAAGAUUCCUGUAAAAGUCAGAAAUGCUUUUGGAAAAGAAAUUACUAUUAAAAUACAGCUUCGAUAUCUGAUCGGCUGUGUUUCGGUUGUGGGUAACGAUGGAAGUAUCUAUCAGUAUCCCGUAUCACGAAAUAACACCGAUGACGAAUUGAUGGAACUAGAAUAUUUCGGCUAUGUAUAUGUUACACCUUUUUCAUCAGACCAGAAAUCUUUACAAUCGAUCGUCGAGGACAGAAAAUUGCAUCUUGCCAAACGAGACAACCACGGUAAUAUUCUUACCAGAUUUCAGGACAUUAUUCAACAUGCACAAACAUUCAUCAACCAUCACGAACAACAGCAAGCUAGUAAAUCAUUGCUUACACGAGAAACAGCAAAGAAAGUAGCUGAGGUACUUCGUGAGGAGAGAAUAUUUGUCGAUGCCAAUGCUGUGAAAGAUCAGUUAAAAAAAGCACAAGAAAAAAUUGAAGUAAGCGUCGAUGUUUUGCGUGAACAAAUAGAAGAAAAAGCGUCCUACUAUCAAGUAUCGAUCGAUGCCGCGCAUGAACAAAUCACGAAAGAAUCAGAAGCAAAUCGAGUGACAAUGAAAAAAGACAAUGAAUUGCGAUACGAUCAAGCCUUGAAAAAAUUAAAUCAGCACUCCGAAGAGAUCGAAAAACGACUUGAGAAGUUCAUCGAGCAACGCAUGAAUGAUAUCGAACAACAAUUACAACAAGAAGCCAAAAGAAUUCUUUCCAUCGCUGAGACAGCGAAAGCUGAGUCGACGAAAGCGAUGGCACAAGCUCGGCAAGCAAAUGAAACAAGUCGUCAAGCUACCGAAAAUGCUGCAAAAGCUGCAAAGUCAGCCGAAAGUCUCGUUAAAUGGUCGCAAGAACGUAACGAAGAGUUUCAACGUAGUAUGAAGAAUUGUGAGGAGAUGGUUCAGAAAACUGCUCUUGCUCAGAAACAGGCGUGCGAAGAAGCAAUCACGGGUAUACGUACAAAGUUCGAAAGUGAUAUGGAACGAGCACGAGAAGCAGUCAGUAAAUCGGCUGAAAAUGCUAAAGAAUCGACGCGACUUACUCGACAGUCAGAAUCAACCAUGCAAGAUGUGCAGAAGAUGAUGAAAAAUCAAGUAGAAGUCCACAAGACCGAAGUGAAGAAGAUCCUCGCCGAAGCGAAAGAGUCACGACAAGAGAGUGAACGAGCUGCAAACGAAGCUAAAGAAGCACAAAAACAAGCAACACGAGCAGCUGAAACAAGCACUGCAGCAAUAGAGAAGACGAAUGCGAUCCAAACUAAAAUGGAGAAAACUAUUCAACAAGUGGAAAAAUUAAGAAAAAAAUUACCUGCUUCACCAUUUCUAUCAUCAGUAAUAGCAAUUGAUGACAACUCUUUUUAA